AUGCCCUCCAACACCCUCACCCAGCUUGCUUCUGAUGAAAAAACCUCUCUCAAGCACAACGACAAGACUGGCCCCAAGCCAACAGCCUCUAAACACAAUGCUGUUGGCACCAAAACAAACACUCCUGCUUCUGCUUCCAGAAAUGCCUCCUCCAAGGGCAACACCCUAGAGUUCGAAAAGAAAAAACAAAACUUUUUAACACGAGCUCUUUCGACUUUUAUCAUGAUCUUUGGUUUCUUUGGUAUAGUAAUUGGUGGCCAUCUCUGGACUAUUUUGUUGGUUUUGGUCUUGCAAAUCUUGACUUUCAAAGAAGUUAUCUCAAUUACCUAUGAACCUGCUAGAUAUAAGAGACUUCCUUACAACAGGUCUUUGAAUUGGUAUUUUUUAGCUACCUCCCUAUACUAUCUUGAUGGUAAAUUCUUGAUUUUUUAUUUUAAACAUGUUAUUCUCUUGGACACCUUUUUAACUCCCCUAGCUACUCACCACAAAUUUAUAUCCUACUGUCUUUAUGUUCUUGGUAUUGUUUUAUUUGUUUGCUUUCUUCAAAAGGGCUACUAUAAAUUCCAAUUUGCCCAAUUAUGUGCUACCCAUAUGACUUUGAUCUUGGUAGUCCUACAAGCCCAUUUCAUCAUCAACAAUAUCCUAACAGGUAUGUUUUGGUUCUUCUUACCUGUAUCCUUGGUUAUUGUUAAUGAUAUCUUUGCCUACAUCUGCGGCAUAACUUUUGGUAAGACAAGAUUAAUUGCAAUCUCUCCUAAAAAAACUGUUGAAGGAUUUGUUGGUGCUUGGAUCUUCACUGUUUUAUUUUCAUUGUUAAUUACCUUCAUCCUAUCUCCCUACAAAUACAUUAUUUGUCCCGUCGACGAUGAUUUAUCCGUCAAUAUAAUUAAAGGUUUAGACUGUGAAUUGAACCCAGUUUUCAUUCCACAGGAAUACAGAAUCCCCCCAAUGAUAGCAGAAGCCCUACAUUAUUAUUCAAUCACAAUCAAACCAAUCUAUUUUCAUGCAAUUGUAUUAGCUACUUUUGCUUCUUUAAUCGCUCCCUUUGGCGGCUUUUUCUGCUCGGGUUUAAAAAGAGCCUUUAAAGUUAAAGACUUUGCUGACACCAUCCCUGGUCAUGGUGGUAUAACCGAUAGAAUGGAUUGCCAAUUUAUAAUGGGCUCUUUCUCUUAUCUUUAUUACGAAACUUUUAUUUCAACUCACAAAGUCAGUGUCAGUUCCAUAUUACAAAUGGCUGUAGUCAACUUGGAUCCUGAUCAAGUUACUCAAUUAAUCGAUUCCUUAUUAAAUUAUCUUCAUAAAUCUGGAAGAUUAAAUUUAAAUAAUUACAAUCAAAUAAUAAAAUUAGUUAGUGAAAGCUCACCAAGAAAGCGAUAA